AGUAUCCAUACGGCGUCUAUAUUCCAAGUAAUUUCACCAUUCCGGCUGGAAAUGUUUUUAAAUUUAAGUUAUAUUCUGGUGGAUAUUUUUGGUUCAAAUGUAAUCGUACUAGUGGUAAUUGGGAUAUUGAUCAAGUUCGCAAUGUAUAUUUUAACCACGAAGAAGAUCUUUUCCACUACCCAUAUUUAGCUGUGGCUCUAUUGGAUUUCAGAGGCAUAUCAGCUAUCCCAAAAUAUGAUGAUUCAACAAUGAUUGUAACUGUUAUUGGUACCGCACCAUCGCUUAAUCCAAGAGAGAAUCGUGAUUCUGAAAUUAUUUUUGUUAAUAGUACCGCAGGAAACGGGGCAUUUUCAGAUGUUACCUACCUCAUUUUCACAGAUGUUAAGGGUGGAUUAGCACCACCAAGUAAAGAAUGUGGAACCAUAUAUCCGGAUGGUUAUAUCUAUUCUGAAACAUUUACUGCAACUCUCUUAUACUAUCACGCUAAACCAGAAUAG